AUGGUCACAAAAGAAAAUGUACAGGUGUUAUUACCAGCUGCAGAUGUAUUACAGUUAGAUUAUGUAAAUGGUGUAUGUGCUGAGUUUUUACAAAAACAACUGAAUAAAUCAAAUUGUCUUGGUAUCAGAGCGUUUGCUGACUUACAUAACUGUACUGAUUUGUUGUCAAGUUCUGAAGCAUAUAUUAAACGACAUUUUUUAGAAGUAGCUAAAGGCGAAGAUUUUCUAUCCUUAUCUUCUGAUGAUUUGGUGAAGCUUAUUUCCUCUAAUGACCUUGCUGUUCCAUUUGAAGAAAAAGUAUUUGAAUGUGUUAUCAAAUGGGUAAAACAUGAUUCAGAUCAUAGAGUAGAUUUUUUGUCAAAGUUAAUGGAACAUGUACGUUUGCCAUUAUUAAAGCCUGAUAUAUUGUUUAAUAUAUAUGAAGAACCUCUUCUAAACACUAGUCUUAAAUGUAAAGAUUAUAUAUUUGAAGCAAUACGUUUUAAUCAUCAAAAAUCAGUUCAGCAUUUCACCAUUCCAAAAACAAUUUGGUUUAAACCUAGACAGUUUGAUAGUUUUCAAAAAGUUCUUCUAAUGUUCAGAGGUGUAAAUGGAUCGAGUUCUAAAUCUGUUAGUCUGCUUGACGUAUCUUCACAAUCACCAUCAUGGGUUCCAAUGGCUGACAUGUUAGUUAGUAGAAAAGAAUUAGGAGUUGGUGUAUUGGAUGAUUGUAUAUAUGCAGUUGGCGGAUGUGACGGCAACAACAGUGAUUUAAAUAGUGUGGAGCUUUUUGAU